GUCAUCAAUCAAGUUUAAGUUAAAAUUAUAGUUAAGAAGAGAUAGAAGCAUGAAACUCAACUUCGAAAAAAUGAUGUAUGUAAAAGUUCUGAUGAUGGUAAUAGCGAUAUGGUUCGUGCCCAUGACCUACAGUAAUGGAGCCGAAGCACCCGCUGGUGAUGUAGCCGAGGCACCCGGAACCGACACAUUCAACAAUGAUUGGUAUGACGCACGAGCCACAUUUUACGGUGACAUCCAUGGUGGAGACACUCAAAUGGGAGCUUGUGGAUACGGUGAUCUAUUUAAACAAGGCUAUGGUCUAGCCACGGCCGCGUUGAGCCCGGCGCUCUUCAACGACGGCUACACGUGCGGGGCUUGUUACGAGAUCAUGUGCACGCGUGAUCCACAAUGGUGUUUGCCCGGAUCCAUUAAAAUCACAGCUACAAAUUUAUGUCCAGCAAAUUACACCAAGACGACAGACAUAUGGUGCAACCCACCACAAAAACAUUUUGAUCUCUCAAUGCCAAUGUUCCUCAAGAUCGCCAAGUACAAAGCUGGGGUUGUCCCGGUUAGAUACAGACGUGUUCCCUGUACGAAAAACGGUGGUGUCAAAUUCGAAACCAGCGGAAACCCUUAUUUCUUAAUGAUCUUGCCGUACAAUGUAGGAGGAGCCGGAGAUAUUAAUGCCAUGCAGAUUAAAGGAAGCACGACCGGAUGGAUAAACAUGAGAAAGAAUUGGGGACAGCACUGGACCACCAAUAUUGUGUUGACCGGACAAGGUUUAUCAUUCAUGGUUAGAACAAGUGAUGGGGUUGUUAAGCAAUUUAUGAAUGUUGCACCAAAUAAUUGGGGAUUUCAACAGACAUUUGAUGGAAGGAUUAACUUUUAGGAGACUGGUUUGAGAUUUGUUAGCUAUAUGUCUUAUAGCUCUACAGAAUUAUACAGAUGUAUCAGGUGCAAAAUUUACAAUAAUUAAAAAGACAACACU